AUGGUGUAUGCUCAAUCUAUUGAGGAGUCCAAACUUAAGAGGAAGAAUAGGGAGUUGAAGAGGUCCAGGUCCGAUGAGCAAGGUCAACCUAGGUUCAAGAAGAGAGCUCCAAACGAAGAUUCUUCAUGCACUACUAAGGUUAACCAAGAGAGAGGUAGUGGACAUCCAUUUGCUAAACCUACUUGCCACAAUUGUGGGAAGAAGCAUUAUGGGAAGUUCUUAGCCGGUACUAGUGGGUGCUAUGGUUGUGGAAAGAAUGAUCACCAAGUGAAAGAUUGUCCUACUCUUACGGCCAAAGGAAGGGAGGCUAAACAAGCUUCUCUUAAUGGCCCGAAUCUUGAUGCUCCAAAGAGGAACCGCUUCUAUGCUCUUCAAGCUAACAAGGACAAAGGAGCUAAUCCGAAUGAAGGCACCGGUAUGUGA